UGGGGCGGGGAGGCGGCCGCAGCGUAGUUGUUUUGCCCGGGGUAAGUUGACCGAUCCCCAUCGGAGACUUCACUCGGAGGGGCAGCGCUUGGCUCCCGGCUCCUGCCGCCCCAGCCCCCUUGGGGGGAGCGCCUGUUUUUGCUCCCCCCCGUUUCCCGCGGGUUGUUGUUGUUUUUUUUUUUUUUAUUAUUACUGUUAUUAUGGGGUCUUUGGAGAAGCAGAUCUUCCGCUCCGGCGUUGCUCUUCAUCGUUGUUCAGCGCUCUGCGGAGAGCUAUAAUAUUUCUUUCUCGAGAUGCUGCAGUGAAUUUUAGUCCCAGAAAAUCAAGCGAACAAAAUAAUCCGAAUAACCCGAACCAUUUGUUACCGUGCGAGAGCGAACGCUGCACAGAUGAUGGCAAAAAAUUCCGUGGAAGGGUCUAAGGAAGACCUGAGCAAAAUUUCGGAAGAGGAGAUGCUGAGGUGGAGCAAGGAAGAACUGGUGAAAAGACUGAGGAAAGUGGAGAAUGAAAAGAUGAACUUAAUGGUGGAACACGGCAACUUGAUGAAGGACGUGAACCGGAGGCUGCAGCUCCACCUGCACGAGAUCCGCGGGCUGAAGGAGGUGAACCAGAAGUUGCAGGACGACAACCAGGAGCUGAGGGAGCUCUGCUGUUUCUUAGACGACGACCGGCAGAAAGGCAAGAAGCUGUCGAGGGAAUGGCAGCGCUUCGGGAGGCACACGGCCAGCGUGAUGUGGAAGGAGGUGGGCAUGUACCAGCAGAAGCUGAAGGACCUGGAGGCCAGGCAGGAGACCCUCCUGCGGGAGAACGUGGAGCUGAAGGAGAUGGUGCUCAUGCUGGACGAGGAGCGGAGCGGGCCCGGCUCGCGAAGCUCCAUCGACAGCCAGGCCAGCCUGACCAACCUCAACGGCGGCUCGGCCACCAGGGACGUGGGGGACGGGAGCAGCACCUCCAGCACGGGCAGCGCCGGCAGCCCCGACCACCAUCACCACCACCUCCACCACCACAAGGUCGGCGAUAGCAAGGCCGGGGCCAUGCGGAGGUCUAUGGAUGACCUGUCCGCGCCUCUCCACCACCGGAGCAUCCCCAACGGCCUCAACGAUUCGUCUUCCAACUAUAUCAGGCAACUUGAAACAAAAGUGAAACUGCUGGAGGAUGACAACAAGCUGCUUUCCCAGCAGUCCAGCACAGGUGACCUGAGGACUCUGAGGAAGGGGUUGUCUCCGUACCACUCUGAGUCACAGCUGUCAUCACUGCCGCAGUAUCAAGAUGCCCUGCAAAAUGGACCAGCUCGCAUGGCAUCUGAUCUUGCAUCUUCUCCUGCAGCAGGAUACAUGCCUGUUGGUCAGAAGCCAGAGGCUGUUGUGCACGCUAUGAAGGUCCUUGAGGUCCAUGAAAAUUUGGACAGGCAAAUGCAAGACAACUAUGAAGAAGACCUGAGUGAAAAGGAGAAGGCGAUCGUCCGUGAAAUGUGCAAUGUUGUCUGGCGAAAGCUGGGUGAUGCUGCGAGCUCCAAACCCUCAAUCAGGCAACAUCUGUCAGGAAACCAGUUCAAGGGUCCCUUGUAGGAGCGGCAUCCCGGAGACUGGAAGUGAUUGAUUGAUUCUGUGAAGACUGAAGAGGCAGAGCUCAGCGUUUCUGGCUGCCUGUUCUUUGGGAGUUGGGGUUGAGUUUUUUAUGGGUUUUCUUUUUUUCUUCCCCCCCCCCCCCCCCCCCCCCCAGCUUUUUUUUUUUUUUUUGUAACAAUAGUGUAAAUAUGGCAGCUAAAGUCCUGAUUUCCAGGCUGUGGUGCUCUGGAACUACUGUUCGAUGGGUAACCAUCCAGUAAUGCCAGACUUGCAUCAUUUGUAUUGUAGUUCAAACCUGCUUCAUUGUAAUGGUCUGUUUGUAGAAUUAACUAACUCAAGAGAAUUUCUAUGAGGAACAAGAACCCUUAAACUGCAGAGAAGUCACAGUUUGUAUCACUCCUGUCCACCCGCUUGUCAGUGAUUCAUAGUGGCUCCAGGCAGCACCUUCCAAGGAAAAUGCAACUUGAAUUUGUUGGCUUACUGCCUGCCAAGCUCUUGAGCUGCUAACACUUGCUUUUGGAGGUCCUCAUUCAGAAGAAUGACAUGCAACUGUUUUCACAAAGCGCUGUGGAAAAUACUGAGUGGUGAGCUAAAAACGCCAGCACCAUUCUGCAUUGUAUGGUGGUACACACCACACAAGCCUGCAGAAAGGCAUGAGACUCCGUAUCAUCUGUUAAUUUUUUCCUUAAAAAUGACACGAGAUAUCUGCAGUCACAAUGUGAAUGAAGUCACUUAGCCACACACCAAUAUUCCCUACAAACAUGGCAGCACUUUCCCUGUAAAUCUUCUACUACAGAGUAAUUCAUCAGAAACUGCCAUCCUCACAGUGCUUGUGGUGUUCACAGGAUCUUCAAGAGCAGCAAACCUUUCACAUAAAGAAGAUUCGGGUGAUUUUUUUAAUGUCUUGCUGGAUCCCUCACCUGUACUGGUUCCUGUGUAAGGUGGCUGAACAACAACCUUGUGAAGCUGAAUAAAAAUGCCAUAAACACAG